AUGAUGCCGCCGGGCCAGACUAUCGUCAUCUCCGGCCCAUCGGGCGUGGGGAAAGGAACCCUGAUUCAGAAGCUACAAGACACGCACCGCGGACUCUUUACGCUUACGGUUUCACACACCACAAGAAGCCCUCGACCAGGUGAGGUUGAUGGGGUGAACUACUACUUUGUCUCCCGCGCACAGUUUUCUGCUCUUAUCGCUCAGAACGGCUUCAUAGAGCACACAACAUUUAGCGGUGCCAUGUACGGCACUAGCAAACGAGCUAUAGUAGACCAAGCAGCCAAAGGCGUGAUUCAAGGGACCGUUGUUCUCCUCGACAUUGACCAGGAAGGUAUCAAGCAGCUAAAGCAAAGUCCCGAUAUUCCCGCCGCUCUGUACGUCUUCGUCAAACCUCCCAGUCUUGAUGAGCUUGAGAUCCGUCUCCGGAGCCGGGGCACUGAGAAGGAGAAGGAUAUACAACGACGGAUGACACAAGCCAAGGCAGAGUUGGAUUACGCAGAUACAACACCCGGGCUCCAUCAUGACCUCGUCAUUGUUAAUGACAACAUUGAAAAGGCAUACAAAGAGCUCGAGGAGUUCAUAUUCCGGUAA